GCUGCCUUUGCCCUGACAAAGCCACUGAAAAUGAACAUGGUAAAAAGGAUCAUGGGAAGUCGGCGGCAGGAGGAGUGCAGUCCGCAGGACAAUGCUCUGGGCCUGAUGCACCUGCAACGCCUCUUCUCAGAGCUGUGUCACCCACCACGUCACAUGACCCAGAAGGAGCAGGAGGAGAAGCUCUACAUGAUGGCACCUGUCUUCAACAGGGUGUUUGGGAAUGUUCCUCCCAGUUCCAUGAUGGAGAAGUUCUCCGAUCUGCUGCAGUUCACUACACAGGUAUCACGACUCAUGGUGACAGAGAUCAGACGUCGAGCUUCCAACAAAUCCACGGAGGCAGCCAGUCGAGCCAUCGUCCAGUUCCUGGAGGUGAAUCAGAGUGAGGAGGCAAGUCGAGGCUGGAUGCUUCUGACCACCAUCAACCUGUUGGCUUCAUCUGGACAGAAAACAGUGGACUGCAUGACAACCAUGUCUGUCCCCUCCACUCUGGUCAAAUGCCUCUAUCUAUUCUUUGACCUGCCUCACAUGGCCGAGGCCCCACUGGGCCCCCCUCCUCAGCCCCAACCACCGCUGCCCCUCCUACAGGAGAAGACAGUCCAGGCCCAAACUCAGCCAGAGCUACUGUUGGCUGACCGUAGGGGACUGCUACAAAAAGUCUUUGUUCAGAUCCUCGUAAAGCUCUGCAACUUCGUUUCUCCAGCUGAGGAGCUGGCUCAGAAAGACGACCUUCAGCUGCUCUUCAGUGCCAUCACUUCUUGGUGUCCACCCCACAACUUGCCCUGGAGAAGGAGUGCGGGCGAGGUGCUGACAACCAUUUCCUGCCAUGGGCUCAGUGUUAACGUAGUCAAAUACAUCCAUGAGAAAGAAUGUUUAGCCACAUGCAUCCAAAACAUGCAGCAGUCAGAUGACUUGUCACCGCUGGAGAUUGUGGAGAUGUUUGCUGGCCUCUCCUGCUUCCUCAAAGACUCAAGCGACAUGUCACAGACACUGCUGGACGACUUUAGGAUGUGUCAGGGUUAUGCCUUCCUUUGUGAUCUAAUGCUCAGACUGGAACAGGCCAAAGAGGACGAAUCCAAGGAUGCACUCAAAGACCUGAUAAACUUGGUCACAUGUCUGACCACGUAUGGUGUAACUGUGUUGAAACCUGCAGGUCUGACCACUGGUGCCCCCUUUCUGCUGCCUGGGUUUGUUCUUCCACAGCCUUCUGGGAAAGAACACACAGUGAGGAACAUCCAGGCCUUUGCCGUCCUUCAGAAUGCCUUCCUUCGUGCCAAAACCAGCCACCUGGCCUGUAUGCUGCUGGACGCCAUUGGAAACAUCUAUGCUGCCGUGCCAGCUAAUUAUUUUAUUUUGGAGUCUCAGCACACACUCUCACAGUUUGCUGAGCGUGUGGCAAAACUACCUGAGGCCCAGGCCAAGUACUUUGAGUUGCUGGAGUAUGUGGUAUUCAGCCUUAACUAUGUUCCAUGUAAGGAGUUGUUCAGUGUGAGUGUAUUGCUAAAGGCUAGCACGUCGCAUGCAUGCAGCGUCACUGCCGUGCGCGCGCUGCUGAAGUUAGCCAGACAUGAUACUGUCUUCAAUGAUGUCCUGCGCGAAGUGGGCCUGCUGGAGGUGCUGGUCAACCUACUGCACAAGUACGCUGCCAUGCUGAAAGAGCCAGCUACGCAGUCCACACUGACAACAAUGCAGUUACAUGCUCAUGAGCAAGUGGAAUGUAAAAAUAACUAUGUGGCUGAGGAACAGAAGCAGUUAGCCUGGCUGGUGAUGGAGACAUUGACGGUGUUACUGCAGGGCAGCAACACCAGCAGCAGUAAUGCAGCUUUGUUUAGAGAGUUUGGUGGCGCUCGCUGUGUUCACAACAUUGUGAGGUAUCGUCAGUGUCGGGACCAUGCUCUCCUUAUCAUCCAGCAGCUCAUUCUGUCCCCCAGCGGAGAUGAUGACAUGGGGACGCUGCUAGGUCUAAUGCACUCAGCACCACCCACUGAGCUGCAGCUGAAGACUGACAUCCUGAGGGCUCUGCUGGCAGUGUUGCGUGAGAGUCACCGCACACGGACAGUCUUUCGUAAAGUUGGCGGUUUUGUUUAUGUCACCUCCUUGUUGGUGGCGAUGGAGCGCUCUCUGUGUCAGCCUCCCCGACAGGGCUGGGAGAAGGUGAACCAGAACCAGGUCUUUGAGCUUCUGCUCACCGUCUUCUGCAUGCUCACUGCUGCCAUGCGUUAUGAACCCGCAAACUCCCACUUCUUCCGCACAGAGAUACAGUUUGAGAAGCUGGCCGAUGCUGUCAGGCUUCUCGGUUGUUUCUCUGAUACCAAGAAACUGGCUCCUACCUCUGUCUUUCCAUCAAAUGCACAGCCCUUCCAGAGGUUGCUUGAGGAUGACGCUGCCCCCAGUGGUUGUGCAGGAGACAGUGUCUGUCCCACACUCAAACACUGCAGCAAACUUUUUAUCUACAUGUACAAAAUGGCCACUGACUCCUUUGACAGUCGUGCAGAGCAGAUCCCUCCCUGUCUGACUCAUGAGACCUCGCUGCCUUCACCGUGGGGCACACCAGCCCCCACCAGGAAGAGACAUGGAUACUAUGGGACAUCUGGCCCACCUGCCCCUGUCAAAGCUCUGACUGACCUAAAACUCCACCUGUCCAACCCAAUCCACACUGCUGGUUCCUCCUCUUUAUCAGAGCUAGUGGUCAUCCACCCUGGGGCAGUUCUGGCCAUGCUGGAUCUGCUGCCGUCCGUCUGCUCCGACAGCCAACCUGAGCAUGCUCUGGACCUACAGCUAGCUGUGGCCAACAUUCUGCAGCUGCUGGUAAACAGUGAGAGAAACCAGCAGCUUCUGUGUGAUGCUGGUCUGCACCAGAGGCUGCUGCAGCACUGCAGCCACGCUCUAUGUGAUGAGGAGCAUCCACUGCAUCCACCGCUACAGAGGAUGUUUGAGAGGCUGGCCUCACAAGCACUGCAGCCCAUGGUUCUUAGGGAGUUUGUGCGUCUGGGAAACCCUCUUAAUUGUGGAGCCUGGGAUAAGAAGCUGCUGAAACAGUACAGAGUUCACAAACCCAGUUCAGUGAGCUAUGACAGCGAGAUGAGAAGCAGCAUGACCAUGUCCACGGAGGGCUUAGGUGCCAACAGCGUAUUUGCUACGCCAGCAGAGGAGAAUGCUCAGUACAGGAUAAGCCGCAGCAUUGUUCGCUCAGCAGAGGGCAGCACCGUGCCGUUGACCAGGGUCAAGUGUCUAGUGUCCAUGACGACACCCAAUCACAUCCGCCUGCAUGGCUCAGCGGUCACACCUGCCUUUAUUGAGUUUGACACCUCGCUGGAAGGUUUUGGUUGUCUGUUCCUGCCCAGCAUGGCUCCUCCACACAACAACCCCUCCAGUUCCACCACCACCUCUGCUAUCACUGAAGGAGCUGUUCUCAGUGGGAUGGGAUCAGGGGAGCGCUUGUUUCCUCCACCAUCUGGACUCAGCUACUCCACUUGGUUCUGUGUUGAGCGUUUCAGCUCCGUGCCCCAUGCUCAUCCACUGCGUCUCCUCACCGUGGUCCGUCGAGCAUCUUCCUCAGAGCAGCACUAUGUCUGCCUGUCUGUUGUUCUUUCCUGUAAAGACCGGACCUUGAGUGUCUCCACGAAAGAGGCGCUUCUGCAGACCUAUUCGGAUGAGUCAAGUGAGGAGUCUGCCUUUUAUGAGCUUCUUCCAUGCUGCGCUCGUUUCCGCUGCGGUGAGCUCAUCUCCGAGUGUCAGUGGCAUCACUUGCUGUUGGUGAUGAGCAAAGGCAUGUUGAAGAACAGCAUGGUCUCACUGUACAUUGAUGGUCAAUUGGUCAACACCGUCAAGUUACACUACAUCCAUAGUUCACCCGGGGGUUCUGGUUCUACUAACCCUUCAAUGGUCAGUACUGUUUAUAGCUAUGUGGGAACUCCACCAGCCCAGAGACAAAUCUCUAGUUUGGUCUGGCGUCUGGGUCCCACCCAUUUCCUGGAGGAAGUUCUACCCGCCUCCAGCGUAGCAGCCAUCUACGAAUUAGGACCAAACUAUGUGGGCAGUUUCCAGGCAGUGUACUUGCCCUGUAAAGAUUCAAAGGCAGAAGCAGUUCCAGCAUCUCCAGUUUCAUUGGUUGCUGAGGAGAAGGUGUCUUUUAGUCUGUACGCUGUCUCUGCAUCCACACUGACUGUAGCUAAGAUCCGAAAGGUCUACAACAAACUGGACAGUAAAGCUAUUGCCAAACAGUUGGCCGUGUCAUCUCAUGAAAAUGCUACUCCUGUGAAGCUGAUCCAUAACUCUGCAGGUCACCUCAAUGGUCCUGCCCGCACGAUUGGAGCAGCAGUGAUUGGAUACUUGGGUGUGCGAACCUUCAUACCUAGACCUGUAGCCACAAACCUGCAGUUUGUAGGUGGGGCAGCGGCCAUUUUGGGUCUGGUCGCCAUGGCAUCAGAUGUGGAGGGUCUGUAUGCAGCAGUCAAAGCUCUGGUUUGUGUUGUCAAAAGCAACCCGCUGGCCAGUAAGGAGAUGGAGCGCAUCAAAGGUUACCAGCUACUGGCCAUGCUUCUAAAGAAGAAACGCUCAUUGCUCAACAGCCAUAUCCUCCACCUGACAUUCUCACUGGUGGGGACGGUGGACAGUGGCCAUGAGACAUCCAUCAUCCCCAACUGUGCUGCCUUCCAGGACCUGCUCUGUGACUUUGAAGUUUGGCUCCACGCUCCCUACGAACUGCAUCUGUCUCUGUUUGAGCACUUUAUUGAGCUGCUGACUGAGUCCAGUGAGGCAGCAAAAAACGCCAAACUGCUGCGAGAGUGUCAGAUGAUUCCACGACUGCUGCUGACGCUGAGAGACACCACGCUGUCUCAGCAGACUGUCGCUGCCAUCAGCAAUGUGUUGAGUCUACUUCUGCAGGGCUUCACCAACGUGCACGACCUACUCAGGUUUGGCCAGUUCAUCUCCUCCACUCUUCCCACAUUUGCUGUCUGUGAGAAGUUUGUGGUGAUGGAAAUUAACAAUGAAGAGAAGAUCGACGGAGGAAACGAUGAAGACUUUGGAGGUCUUUUUUCUGCCAACUUAAUUUUGCUAAGAAACCGGCUGUUAGAGAAUCUGCUGCUUCUGCUCUUCACCAGCAAAGACAAGAAUGGCAGUCGAGGUGGCAGCAGUGUCAACACUCAGGCGUGUGAAGAGCUUGUUCGUACUCUGGGCUUUGAUUGGCUUUUGAUGUUUAUGGAGGAGCACCUCCAUCCCAGUACAGUGACAUUGGCUCUGUGGAUCAUGGUGGUUCUUCUGUCCAACCAGUCCGUCCUCAACCGUUUUAAAGAGGGAGUCUGUGGUGGUGGCUGGCUAGACCACACUGACGCUGUACUGACCAAUAAGAUUGGUACCGUGCUGGGUUUCAAUGUCGGACGCAGUGCUGGUGGACGCUCCACACUGCGAGAAAUCAACCGGGAUGCCUGUCACUUCCCAGGAUUUCCAGUGCUGCAGACACUGCUGCCCAAACACACUAACGUUCCAGAGCUUUACUUCCUGCUCAUGGCGCUGUUCCUGCAGCAACCAAUCACGGAGCUGCCGGACAGCCUGCAGGUACAUUUUGAUCUCGACUCCAUCUGGACCUUUGUCUUUGGCAUCUCAGCCUCCAGUGGGACGGUGCUUAACUCCAUUCACAGCUUCUGCACUGAGGCUGCGUUUCUGCUGCUAGCAAUGCUCCGAAGCAUGCUCAACCUGCCGUGGCAGUCGGAGGAGGAGGGUUCUUGGCUCAGAGAAUACCCCGUCACAUUAAUGCAGUUCUUCAGGUACCUGUACCACAACGUAGCUGACCUGGGGUCUAUGUGGCACAGUCCAGAUUUCCUGUGUGCUUUGGCUGCCUCAGUCUUUCCCUUCAACAUCAGACCCUACUCUGAAAUGGUUAGUGAUCUGGAUAAUGAAGCCGGUUCACCCAUCGAGGAGUUCAAGGCUUUCACUGGAGACUCGGGAAUGAAUCGCAGUCAGUCUGAGUACUGCAACGUUGGCUCCAAGACCUCACUGACCAACCACCCAGCCAAGAAGUACGUCUUUGACUUCAUGAGAGUCCUGAUUAUGGACAACCUGUGCAUGACUCCUGCCAGCAAACAGACACCGGUCAUUGACCUUCUGUUAGAGGCAUCACCAGAGCGUUCUACCAGGACACAGCAGAAAGAGUUUCAGUCCAGUGUCCUGGACGGAGUCAUGAAGCAUCUACUGGCUGCUGACGUUUUAUUAGGUGAGGAUGCGUCACUGCCUCUGAGCAGUAGUGGCACUUACCAGAUCCUGGUCCACAACGUUUUCUAUUUCACCCAGCGUGUGGUAGAUAAACUGUGGCAGGGAGUGUUCAACAAAGACUCCAAAUUGGUGGUUGACUUCAUCAUCCAGCUCAUAGGACAGUUUAAGCAACGUUCCCAGGGUCUGUCUUUGGACACAAUCUAUCACUGUCUAAACCGGACUGUUCUGUAUCAGCUGUGCUGUUCGCAUAAGACAGUUGCUCAGCAGGUGACGCUACUAGAUGCCUUGCGAGUCCUGACGGUGAACAGGAACCUGGUUCUGGGUCCAGGAAACCACGAUCAGGACUUUGUGGCAUGUUUGGCUCACUGCUUCAUCUGCCUGCACAGUGGGAGCUGCAUGGAUGGCUUCGGUCUGGAGGCUGAGGCCCGCAUGACCACCUGGCAUGUCAUGAUUCCUUCAGAAAAUGGAACAGACUCUGCACACAACCAUGAUGUCAGUGAAGGGCGGCAGCUGCUGCUGAAGGCAGUGAACCGUGUGUGGACAGAGCUGAUGCACAGCAAACGUCAGAUGUUGGAGGACAUUUUUAAAGUGUCUUUGCCAUGUAAUGACAGAGGACACGUGGACAUCGCCACUGCCAGACAUGGUCUGGAAGAACCUGCACUCAAGAGCUGGCAGAACCAUCUGGCCUACGAGAGGAAGUGCAUCAGUCGCUGUGAAGCCGUGGCUCCAACAUCUCAGUCCAAGCUCUCCAGAGUCAGCAGCGGCUUUGCUCUGUCCAAACUGACGGGAGUCCGUCGCAACAAGAAGGAGAACAGUCUAAACAAGAACAGCCUGACUGCACAGGAGACUUUCCAGUGGAUGUUUACACACAUUGCUGUGGUCAGAGAUCUGGUGACAUUGCAGUACAAAGAACAUCAGGAGCGCCAGCAGAACUCGCUGAAGUACGUGAGUGAAGAGUGGGCGUGUCUGGAGUACGAGCUGCUGCGUGAGCGCGGACUCUGGGGUCCCCCCAUAGGUUCUUACCUGGACAAGUUUGUUCUGGAAAUGACCGAGGGACCGUGUCGUAUGAGGAAGAAGAUGGUCCACAACGACAUGUUCUACAUCCACUACCCCUACAUGCCUGAGCCAGAGAACAAUGCCACCUCUGUCCAGAAGCCCCAACGAUAUCGUCGGGCCAUCAGCUAUGACAGUAAAGAGUACUACAUGCGUCUGCUGUCGGGGAACCCUGGAAUGUACCAGCACUCAGUGGAACAGAACACAGAGGGAGAGGCAGCACCUCACGAGCAAGAGCACGGAGAGGACACUAUUGCCAGGGUCAAAGGCCUGGUGAAGGCGCCGUUAAAAAGGUCAAGGUCCACAGCAGACGGCGGUGAGGACGAUGGUUCAGAGCAGCUUCAGGAACAGUUACUGGAGUCCAGUGUCCCUGAGGAUGAGCACAGGACAGACAAUACAUCCCUGCUGCGCCUCCUGGAGGAAGGAGAGAAGAUCCAGCACAUGUACCGUUGCGCUCGGGUUCAGGGUCUGGACACCAGUGAAGGUCUUCUGCUUUUUGGGAAGGAGCAUUUUUACGUUAUUGAUGGCUACACCAUGACUGUGUCCAGGGAGAUCAGAGAUAUCGAUACGCUGCCACCGAACCUGUAUGAGGCCAUCAUUCCUCGAGGAGCUAGACAAGGCCAAAGUCAGCUAAAGAGGAGCUGCAGCAUCUUUAACUACGAGGACAUUAAAGAGGUCCACAAGAGACGCUACCUUCUCCAGCCCAUGGCAGUAGAGGUCUUCUCAGCAGAUGGAAGAAACUACCUGUUGGCUUUCCAGAAAGGAGUGCGGAACAAAGUCUACCAGAGGUUUCUGGCCGUGGUGCCUUCACUAGCCGACAGCUCUGAGUCUGUUUCAGGUCAGAGACCCAACACCAGUGUGGAACAGGGAUCUGGUUUACUCAGCACUCUGGUUGGAGAGAAGUCAGUGACUCAGCGUUGGGAGCGUGGAGAGAUCAGUAACUUUCAGUACCUGAUGCACCUGAACACUUUAGCAGGUCGCUCCUACAAUGACCUCAUGCAGUACCCAGUCUUCCCCUGGAUCCUGGCAGACUACGAUGCUGAGGAGCUGGACCUAAACAAUCCAAAGACAUUCCGUAACCUGUCAAAACCAAUGGGCGCACAGACGGACGACAGACUCACGCAGUACAAGAAGAGAUACAAAGACUGGGAGGAUCCAAAUGGUGAAACUCCAGCAUAUCACUAUGGCACCCACUACUCCUCAGCCAUGAUUGUGGCUUCCUAUCUGGUCCGAAUGGAGCCAUUCACCCAGAUUUUUCUUCGACUCCAGGGUGGUCACUUUGACCUGGCAGACAGGAUGUUCCAUAGCGUCCGUGAAGCCUGGCUUUCUGCAUCCAAACACAACAUGGCUGAUGUCAAAGAGCUGAUUCCUGAGUUAUUUUAUCUCCCAGAGUUCCUUCUCAACUCUAACAACUUUGACCUGGGAGCCAAACAAAACGGCACUAAGCUGGGUGACGUUAUCCUGCCACCGUGGGCAAAGGGCGACCCUCGAGAGUUCAUCAGAGUCCACAGAGAGGCUCUGGAGUGUGACUACGUAUCUGCCCACCUCCACGAGUGGAUCGACCUCAUCUUUGGCUACAAGCAGCAGGGUCCUCCUGCUGUGGAGGCCAUCAAUGUGUUUCACCACCUGUUCUAUGAGGGUCAGGUGGACAUCUACAACAUCAACGACCCACUCAAGGAGACAGCCACCAUUGGCUUUAUCAACAACUUUGGUCAAAUUCCUAAGCAGCUGUUUAAAAGACCACACCCUCCCAAACGUGUUCGUGGUAAAGCUAAUGGAGAUGUGGUCAGUGUUCCACCAAAUGCUAACAGUGACAAAAUCUUCUUCCAUCACCUGGAUAAUCUAAGGCCAUCGCUGACACCUGUUAAAGAGCUGAAGGAACCUGUGGGUCAGAUCAUGUGCACUGACAAAGGUGCCCUGGCUGUGGAGCAGAAUAAGGUUCUGGUCCCACCCACCUGGACCAGAAGUUUUUCCUGGGGUUAUGCUGACCUCAGCUGCCGAUUGACCAACUAUGAAUCUGACAAGGCGCUGGUGGUCUAUGAGUGUCUAACAGAUUGGGGUCAGAUCCUCUGCUCCAUCUGUCCGAACACAAAACUGGUCAUCACUGGAGGAACCAGCACUGCUGUCUGUGUGUGGGAGACGGAAACGUCCAAGGAACGCAACAAAACACUGACGCUCAAACAGGCAUUGCUAGGACACACAGAUGCCGUUACAUGUUUGACCGCGUCCUCAGCGUACCACAUUGUGGUCAGUGGGUCACGGGAUCGAACCUGUAUCAUCUGGGACCUAAACAAACUCUCCUUCAUCACACAGCUGAGAGGUCACCGAGCACAUGUCUCGGCUUUGUGCAUCAAUGAACUGACGGGCGACAUUGUGUCAUGUGCAGGCACCUACAUUCACGUGUGGAGCAUAAACGGUAGUCCGAUUGCCAGUGCUAACACAUUCACAGGUCGCAGUCAGUUGAUCCUCUGCGUGUGUGCGUCAGAGAUGAAUGAGUGGGACACACAGAAUGUCAUCGUCACAGGUCACUCUGACGGCAUUGUCAGGUUUUGGAGGAUGGAGUUUCUUCAGGUCCCAGAAACUCCAGCGCCACACCCUGUUGAACCUGACAUUUCUGAGUGCUGUGGCAAGGAAAAGAUUGAAGGUGGUGAGAGUCAUAACGGAGACGAUGACAGCAGUGAGUCUGAUGUAGACAAACCCAGUCUGAGUCAGGAGACCAAAGAAACAGGAAACCCUUCAACAGGUGCAGGAAGUCAGCCAGACAGCGCCACCCACAGGCCCAGAGGGCCAUCUGGUCGAGCAGCAGCUUCCUGGUCGAUGGACAGUGGCUCGGACGACUCACACCGCUGGUCGGACACACUCAGCAUUGAUGAGAAGGAUGGCUUUGUCUUUGUUAACUACUCAGAGGGUCUGAGCAGAAGUCACAUGGCUCACCCAGGACACGUCCCCGCACACCCAUUGACAACAACAUCAGUGACAACCUCUGCUGAUACUCGAACAUUCAACCAGCUAAGGGCAGGUCAUCGGUGGGAACGUCAGUUGGUUUUCCGCAGUAAACUCACCAUGCACACAGCGUUUGAUCAUAAAGACAAUCUCCAGCCAGCUGAAAUCACUGCGCUCGCCAUCUCCAAGGACCACAGUAAGAUUCUGGUGGGUGAUGGCCGCGGUCGGGUCUUCAGCUGGUCUGUGAGUGAGCAGCCUGGUCGUUCUGCAGCCGAUCACUGGGUGAAGGACGAGCAGGUUGACAACUGUUCCAGCUGCAGUGUUAGGUUCUCACUCACAGAGAGACGGCAUCACUGCAGAAACUGCAGUCAGCUCUUCUGCCAAAGGUGCAGCCGUUUCCAGUCAGAGAUCAGGAGGUUAAAGAUCUCAUCUCCAGUCAGAGUUUGUCAGAACUGUUUUUACAACCUGCAGCAUAAGCGUGGAGGAGGAGGAGGAGGAGGAGUGGGAGGAGGAGGGGGGGACUGAAGACUUGGCUGCAAAAUACCCUACAGUACAAACCACUGAGACUUCACUCACCAAAGCUGCAGAAGCUUCACCUUCACAGAACACAGAAAACAAAAUACUUCUGAGGAAUGUUUGGUUUAAUCAAAUGCUUCUUCAACCGUAUGGAAGCUUCAACUACAUCGACUGAAUUCAUAGCUGCACUACUUCCUCUCAUGCUCCUGCUUAUAAAACUUAUCACGUGACGUGUGAUGUUGUUACCCUUCAGCCAGCUGCAGCUGUGUGUUGACUCCACAAACUCCACUGUCACUGGAACAAGUUGUUUAUAUUGUAAAUAGGCAACUUGACCUUUUUAACAAACAAGGUCAUAAAGAGUAUAUCACAACUAUAACAGAGAAUAGAGGAACAAGGAGCGCCGACACUCACCACUUAACGCUAAAGACUGGCCAGAAAUGUGCAUCAAGGAGGAAGAAUAAGAGGGUUUGUUUUUUCCUUGUUAGGAUUUGAAUUAUUUUGCCAAACAAUGAUGUCAUUUUGUUGUUGCUGCUUUUUUUAAACAUUUUUAAACAGUUAAAAUGUGUGUGUGUGUGCAUGUAUGUGUAACAGUGUCAGCAGCAGAAAAAGAGACUUGUCAUCAUCAUUAAAAAAAUGUUAACUUUAUAAACAACUUUAGCAGUACCACUAAGAUGUUGACAAAGAAAAAAAUCUCAGCUCUCACCCUUCCAUCUCAGUGACUCACCCUCUCACCUCUUUUAAAAGCCACCAUGUUGCAAAUUAAAGAUAGCUUAGCUAAAGAUUUGGGUCUAAAUUUGAUUGAAGUAAACUGUUACUCAUAAGCCAAAAGUUGUAUUGAACUAUUUCACAACAUAAGGUCAAUUUUUCUGGUCAGCAAAGGUACUGCAGCCUGAACAUUUUAAGAAAUGUUCUAAUAUAAAAAGGUGGCGCUUUGGCCCAGAGGCAAUGACUCUGUCAUUGGUGUGGAACCCCAGGGUUCACCUCCUGGGCAAGUUCGAAUCCCGGUUAGGGCGGUUGGUA